AUGCAAAACUCAUCAGUUGUGCUGCCCAACAACAAUCAAAACAACAACAACAUUACACAAGUGUGUGAUGCGACGGCUUUACAGGAAUGUUUCAAGCGGAACCCAACCAAUCGACAAGAGAAAUGUAAAGUAGAAAUUGAGGAAUUUAAGAGAGCCUGUGAAGAGAAAGCCAAAGAAUUUAAACAACGAACAAGUAAUAACGGAUCUGGCUCUAAUAAUAUCUCCAAUGAAAAGGAUUAUUGUGAAUCGGGGUAUUGCAAAGUAGACAUUAACAAACUGUAG